AGAAGUUCUGAGCCCCAAAUGUGCGCGUUGUACACGAUUUGUCGCUGAGGAAAUGAGCGGUGCGGCGAAAGGCAAGAAGCAGCUGCGCAAGGAGAAGGAGCGCAAGAGGGAGCAGAAGGAGGCCGAGGCCGCAGAGGCCAUCGCACAAGAGAACCAAGCGGUCAGUAUAGGUUGAGUCAGUGACCUGACAACUCACCCAUUGCUGCAUGUUUCUGUGUAUGUUUUUUGUGGCACUGUCAGAUAGCCGACUACAGCUUCAAGUACAACGACUAUGGCGAGAGGCUGCAUGAGAUGCGGGCCAGGGUCGCAGAGGCGGAAUACGAUAUCGGGCGCCUCAACAUCACACUCGAAUACGUAUGUCACUCUUGCACAGUGUGUCCUCGUGGAUGUGUGUGUGUGUGUGUGUGCAGCUGAAUCAGAAUGUGCCCAAUGGGACGCCGCUGUACAGAAAGGCCGGCCACAUGUGCGUGUGGAUGCCCGAGAGGAAAACACACACGAUGGCGCACACACGGAUGAAUAUGGCCCUUCCUCUGUUCUCUUUCUGGUCAGUUUCGUGUUGUCCAGCAAGAAGGGCAUCUGUCGGCACAUCAACAACCAGAUGGUCAAGCAAAGCAACGAGCUGCCGCCGCUCAAGGUGAGCUGCACACCCACUCACUCACCCACCUGGAUACUUGCAGCCCAUACGGAUGUGUGUGUCUGUGUGUGUGUCAGAUGGGUGUGGCUCAGGUGGAGGCGCAGCGCCGCGAGGCCCUCAGCAACAUACAGGAGAUCGUGUACAAUCGACAGAAACGAUACCAAAAGGUCAGUCGGCCACAAUGCCGCCUAUGCACAGAGAGAGAGGGCACGACGAUGCAACCGUUCCCAGUCUCUCGCCUCUCCCCCUCUGCGCGUCCAUGUGUGUGUGUGUGUGUGUUUGUGUUUCAGGUAGCCAAGCACAUGGAUACCAAAUCGUUGCUGGCGCCCCCGCCGCCCAACCCCACCAUAUCCAAGACCGAUGCCUCCAAACUGUCGUACAAGACACUCGAACACAAAAUGACCAAAGUGCGCGCGGAUGUGUGUGUGUCCCACGCGCACACACAGUGUACACACCUACACGUGAAUGCCUAUGCCUGCAUCCGUGUUCGUGUGUGCAGGCUGACGGUGUGGUGCGCCCUCUGGUUGGAAGUGAGCAGCGUGAUGCUGACGCUGCUGCUGCUCCUGACGCUGGUGCGGCGGAGGGGCCAAGGCCGGCAGAUGGGGCCGAUAGAAAUGACGGAAAGGCGGCGGAGGAGCGCCCCAUUGAUGGCAAUGGUGAUCGUGAUGGUGCUGAUGAGUUGGGUGGAGGCGACAGCGAGUGGGUGGACGACCCGGACCCCGACGACGAUGGAGAUGAGGACGGCAACGACAUGGAGUGAUUGUGUCCACCUCAUUCUGAGUUCUCGUAGUCCAUCUCUCCAUCCUCGUGGGGCCCAGUCGUCCACCAGACGUGUGUGUGUGCUAUGCGGCUUUCUCUUUCGUGUCGUGUCGUGUCGUGUGUGUGGUCCUGUCAGUGUGUCCGUGCGUGCAUAGGUGGGUAGCGUGCGUCUGUCUGUAUGUCUGUAGAUGUGUGUGUGUGUCUGUCUAUAUGCUAUACACACGCAUACGUACACACCUACAUGCAUGUACAUGUGCGUGAUACACUCACACGUACGUAUGGAGGGCGGUCCGAUCAUGCGCAUGGACAUUGUGAACACGCUAAGCGCUGCGUCAACCAUGAG